ACUUGCGUUCACAUGGUGGGUUGUUGUAGCAGAAAAGAGGUGAUGCCCCAAACACUUAACAUAUUCACACGACACAAACACAAUCCUCGGACCCAUUUCCAUGGCUACUGUUACUUCUCUUUGCACCGUCUUUCCCAUACUCACACCAACCUUGUCGAAACCCCAUUUCGUUCCCCUCUCUUCCCGAACCCCAAAACGAAGUCGUAUCAUCACCUCUGUAGCUGAGGACCGUGAAAUAGUUCCGGUGUCUGAAGACAGAGGAGCCCGUUCCCAUGAAGUUGAGGGUAUUCAACCUUCUGAAUCCAUAACAGAGGCAGAGAUUGAUCCUCGCCUCACAAGCAGUAGUACCGUUAAUGCCUUCAUCGUUUUGGGGGUUGGCACUUUUGCUGUCACCAAGUUGCUCACCAUUGACCAUGACUACUGGCAUGGUUGGACCCUUUAUGAGAUUCUAAGGUAUAUACCUGAGCACAAUUGGAUUGCCUAUGAGCAAGCUCUGAAAGCAAAUCCGGUUUUAGCUAAAAUGGCAAUUAGUGGGAUUGUCUACUCAAUUGGAGACUGGAUUGCUCAGUGCUAUGAAGGAAAGCCUCUUUUUGAGUUUGAUCGGGCACGGUUAUUCAGAUCAGGUCUUGUUGGGUUUACUCUCCAUGGAUCUCUUUCUCAUUAUUACUAUCAACUUUGUGAGGCUCUUUUUCCUUUCCAAGAAUGGUGGGUUGUCCCUGCUAAAGUUGCUUUCGACCAAACUGUGUGGUCUGCAGUUUGGAACAGCAUCUACUUUGUGGUUUUGGGCUUAUUGCGGUUUGAAUCUUUGAGUAACAUAUAUGGUGAACUGAAGUCAACAUUUUUCCCCCUGCUUACUGCAGGGUGGAAACUUUGGCCUUUUGCGCAUCUGAUUACUUAUGGUCUGAUUCCUGUGGAACAAAGGCUUCUUUGGGUGGACUGUGUAGAGCUCGUCUGGGUCACAAUCCUUUCAACCUAUUCAAAUGAGAAAUCAGAAGCCCGAAUAUCUGACUCAGCAUCAGAAGCAACAUCAUCCACUUCAAACCAAAAUUCUAAGGAGUAAAUGAAUUGAAAAGUGGGGGAAGAGACUAUUUAGGUUUCAUGGCAAUUACAAAAUGAACUUCAAAAUAUUCAAAGAUUGUAUCAGUUGAAGGUCCAAUUGAGCGACCUUAGGGACCUGAGGUUGUGAUCUGCUGCUCAUACAGGAUAUACACUUACACAGCUCCUGGUGCUUGCUUCUAGCUAUGAUCAGAGUUUUUUAGGUUGCAGUUAUCAGUAUAAUUGCAUAGAUGAUUGUAUAUAUAAUAAUGCAUUCAGAACACAAGCUAUGUUCCUUUCCUUGAAGUGUAUCAUACAUCCAUAAUUCUGUAUAAAACAAAUUCGUCUCAUGUAUUGUGUUGGAAUAAUUCUUAAAGUGUGUCAUACAUCCAUAA